GGGCCCACCGUGGUGGACCAGACCACGCUCAUGAAGAAGUACCUGCAGUUUGUGGCCGCGCUCACGGACGUCAACACGCCCGAUGAAACCAAGUUGAAAAUGAUGCAAGAAGUCAGUGAGAACUUUGAGAAUGUGACAUCAUCGCCACAGUAUUCUACCUUCCUGGAACACAUCAUCCCUAGAUUUCUCACAUUUUUGCAGGAUGGAGAAGUCCAGUUCCUGCAGGAAAAGCCAGCUCAGCAACUCCGAAAGUUAGUGCUUGAAAUAAUUCACAGAAUACCAACAAAUGAACAUCUUCGUCUUCAUACCAAAAACAUUCUGUCUGUGAUGUUUAGAUUUCUGGAGACAGAGAAUGAAGAAAAUGUACUGAUUUGCUUAAGAAUAAUUAUUGAAUUGCACAAACAGUUCCGACCAGCAAUCACUCAGGAAAUUCAUCAUUUUUUGGAUUUUGUGAAGCAGAUUUACAAAGAACUUCCUAAAGUAGUGAAUCGUUAUUUUGAGAAUCCUCAGAUGAUUCCAGAAAACACUGUUCCUACUCCUGAAAUGGUUGGCAUGAUUACAACAAUUGUGGUGAAAGUAAACCCUGAGCGAGAAGAUAGCGAAACAAGAACACAUUCUAUAAUUCCCAGAGGAUCUUUAUCCCUAAAGGUCUUGGCUGAGCUACCUAUUAUUGUUGUUCUUAUGUAUCAGCUCUACAAACUGAACAUUCACAAUGUAGUAGCUGAAUUUGUGCCCUUGAUUAUGAACACUAUUAUAAUACAAGUUUCUGCUCAAGCAAGGCAACAUAAACUUUAUAACAAGGAACUCUAUGCUGAUUUUAUUGCUGCUCAAAUUAAAACGUUGUCCUUCUUGGCAUACAUCAUAAGAAUUUACCAAGAGUUAGUGGCUAAAUAUUCUCAGCAGAUGGUGAAAGGAAUGUUGCAGCUCCUGUCCAACUGUCCCGCCGAAACCGCACACCUCCGCAAAGAGCUGCUCAUCGCAGCGAAGCACAUCCUGACCACGGACCUGCGGAGCCAAUUUAUUCCCUGCAUGGACAAGCUCUUUGAUGAAUCUAUACUGAUUGGCUCUGGAUACACUGCCCGAGAGACCCUGAGACCACUUGCAUACAGCACACUGGCAGACCUGGUGCACCAUGUCCGUCAGCAUUUGCCUCUCAACGAUCUCUCCCUUGCUGUCCAGUUAUUUGCCAAGAACAUUGAUGAUGAGUCCUUGCCUAGCAGUAUCCAGACCAUGUCUUGCAAACUGCUGCUGAAUUUGGUAGACUGUAUUCGGUCUAAAAGUGAACAGGAAAAUGGAAAUGGUAGAGAUAUUCUUAUGAGAAUGCUGGAGGUUUUUGUUCUGAAAUUCCACACUAUUGCACGCUACCAGCUUUCUGUCAUUUUUAAAAAAUGCAAGUUGCAGUCUGAACUCGGGGCCACCGAAGCGGCCUUGCCUGGAGUCCCGGCAGCAGCAAACGCAGCGGCGCCGGUGCCGGUUCCAUCUCCUGCCCCAGCUACUCCUCUGGCCCCCGCGCCAGUGCCCGUAUUUGAGAAACAAGGGGAGAAGGAAAAGGAAGAUAAACAGACGUUCCAGGUCACAGAUUGUCGAAGCCUCGUGAAGACUUUGGUCUGUGGCGUCAAGACCAUCACGUGGGGCAUCACAUCGUGCAAAGCUCCUGGUGAAGCACAGUUCAUUCCUAAUAAGCAGUUGCAACCUAAAGAGACUCAAAUCUAUAUAAAACUAGUAAAAUAUGCAAUGCAAGCCUUGGAUAUUUAUCAGGUCCAAAUAGCAGGAAAUGGACAAACGUAUGUUCGAGUAGCAAAUUGUCAGACAGUCAGAAUGAAGGAGGAAAAGGAAGUUCUGGAACAUUUUGCUGGUGUAUUUACUAUGAUGAACCCUUUAACAUUUAAAGAAAUCUUUCAAACUACUGUUCCGUAUAUGGUGGAGAGGAUCUCAAAAAACUAUGCUCUUCAGAUUGUUGCCAAUUCCUUCUUGGCAAACCCUACAACCUCUGCCCUCUUUGCAACGAUUUUGGUGGAAUACCUUCUAGAUCGGCUGCCAGAAAUGGGCUCUAAUGUGGAACUCUCCAAUCUGUAUCUCAAGCUGUUCAAGUUGGUCUUUGGCUCAGUUUCACUAUUUGCAGCUGAAAAUGAACAAAUGCUGAAGCCACAUUUACACAAGAUUGUGAACAGUUCUAUGGAACUUGCACAGACUGCCAAAGAGCCCUAUAACUAUUUCCUGCUGCUCAGAGCGCUGUUCAGGUCUAUUGGAGGAGGCAGUCAUGACCUUUUGUAUCAAGAAUUCUUGCCGUUGUUACCAAACUUAUUGCAAGGACUUAACAUGUUGCAAAGUGGCCUGCAUAAGCAACACAUGAAAGAUCUGUUUGUGGAGCUGUGUCUCACUGUGCCGGUUCGUCUGAGCUCGUUGCUCCCCUAUCUGCCCAUGUUGAUGGAUCCGUUGGUGUCAGCUCUCAAUGGAUCCCAGACCUUGGUCAGCCAAGGUUUAAGAACUCUGGAAUUAUGCGUGGAUAACCUGCAACCAGACUUCCUCUAUGAUCAUAUUCAGCCAGUUCGAGCUGAGCUUAUGCAGGCUUUGUGGCGAACGUUGCGCAACCCUGCAGACAGCAUUUCUCACGUGGCUUAUCGUGUACUUGGUAAAUUUGGUGGAAGUAACAGGAAAAUGUUAAAGGAAUCGCAGAAACUGCAAUAUGUAGUCACCGAAAUUCAAGGACCCAGCAUUACAAUAGAGUUUUCAGACUGUAAAGCAUCUAUUCAGCUCCCAAUGGAAAAGGCAAUUGAGACUGCUCUGGACUGUUUGAAGAGUGCUAACACUGAACCAUAUUAUCGAAGGCAGGCUUGGGAAGUAAUUAAAUGCUUCUUAGUAGCUAUGAUGAGCCUGGAUGAUAAUAAACAUGCCUUAUACCAACUUCUAGCACAUCCCAACUUCACUGAGAAGUCCAUACCCAGUGUAAUUAUUUCCCACCGGUACAAAGCCCAAGACACUCCAGCUCGUAAGACGUUUGAGCAGGCGCUGACGGGGGCCUUCAUGUCGGCGGUCAUCAAGGACCUGCGGCCGAGCGCGCUGCCUUUCGUGGCCAGCCUCAUCCGCCACUACACCAUGGUGGCCGUAGCGCAGCAGUGCGGUCCUUUCUUGCUGCAGUGCUAUCAGGUUGGAAGCCAGCCUAGCACAGCCAUGUUUCAUAGUGAAGAAAAUGGGUCGAAAGGCAUGGAUCCCUUGGUGCUUAUUGAUGCCAUCGCGAUCUGCAUGGCCUAUGAGGAGAAGGAACUCUGCAAAAUAGGAGAGGUGGCUCUCGCGGUGAUAUUCGAUGUCGCAAGCAUUAUCUUGGGUUCAAAGGAAAGGGCUUGUCAGCUACCUUUGUUCUCGUACAUCGUGGAGCGCUUAUGUGCUUGCUGCUAUGAGCAGGCUUGGUAUGCUAAACUAGGAGGUGUGGUGUCCAUUAAAUUCCUCAUGGAACGGCUGCCCCUGAUUUGGGUCCUCCAGAACCAGCAGACUUUCCUGAAGGCACUUCUCUUUGUUAUGAUGGAUCUAACUGGAGAGGUUUCCAAUGGAGCAGUUGCUAUGGCAAAGACAACAUUAGAACAGCUUUUGAUUCGAUGUGCAACUCCCUUAAAAGAUGAAGAAAAAACAGAAGAAAUCUUAGCAGCACAAGAGAAGUCUUUCCAUCAUGUGACCCACGACCUGGUUCGAGAAGUGACAUCUCCAAACUCUACUGUGAGGAAACAGGCCAUGCAUUCGCUGCAGGUGCUUGCACAGGUCACUGGAAAAAGUGUCACUGUGAUUAUGGAGCCACAUAAAGAGGUCCUUCAAGACAUGGUUCCUCCUAAAAAGCACUUACUGAGGCAUCAACCUGCAAAUGCCCAGAUUGGGCUGAUGGAGGGGAAUACAUUUUGCACAACGUUGCAACCUCGACUCUUCACCAUGGAUCUGAAUGUUGUGGAACACAAAGUUUUCUACACAGAGUUGUUGAAUUUAUGUGAGGCUGAAGAUGCUGCCUUAAUGAAGCUCCCAUGUUACAAAAGUCUGCCAUCGCUCGUACCACUUCGGAUUGCAGCCUUAAAUGCCCUAGCUGCUUGCAAUUACUUGCCUCAGUCGAGAGAGAAAAUCAUUGCUGCACUCUUCAAGGCCCUCAACUCCACAAAUAACGAGCUGCAGGAGGCAGGAGAGGCAUGCAUGAGAAAGUUCUUGGAAGGAGCUACUAUAGAAGUAGAUCAAAUUCAUACACACAUGAGACCAUUGCUUAUGAUGCUGGGAGACUACCGAAGCCUGACGCUGAAUGUCGUGAAUCGCCUGACAUCUGUCACUCGGCUUUUUCCAAACUCUUUCAAUGAUAAAUUCUGUGAUCAGAUGAUGCAACACCUGCGUAAAUGGAUGGAAGUGGUAGUUAUUACACACAAAGGAGGACAACGGAGUGAUGGAAAUGAAAUGAAGAUUUGCUCAGCAAUCAUAAAUUUAUUUCAUCUGAUCCCAGCCGCUCCACAGACUUUGGUUAAACCUUUGCUGGAAGUUGUGAUGAAAACAGAGCGAGCAAUGUUGAUCGAGGCUGGCAGUCCAUUCAGAGAACCACUGAUAAAAUUUCUGACACGUCAUCCAUCCCAGACUGUUGAGCUGUUCAUGAUGGAAGCCACUUUAAAUGAUCCACAGUGGAGCAGAAUGUUUAUGAGUUUCUUAAAACAUAAAGAUGCCAAACCUUUACGAGAUGUACUGGCAGCUAAUCCAAACAGAUUUAUCACUCUACUGUUACCUGUUGGUACCCAAGCAGCUGUUAGACCUGGUUCUCCAAGCACUACUACAAUGCGUCUUGAUCUUCAGUUUCAGGCUAUCAAGAUCAUAAGUAUUAUUGUUAAGAAUGAUGAAUGUUGGCUGGCAAAUCAGCAUUCCUUGGUGAAUCAAUUGAAACGUGUAUGGGUGAGCGAAGCUUUUCAGGAGAGGCAUCGUAAGGAGAAUAUGGCUGCAACAAACUGGAAAGAACCUAAGCUGUUGGCAUAUUGUUUAUUGAAUUACUGCAAAAGGAAUUAUGGCGAUAUAGAGUUGCUUUUCCAGUUGCUUCGAGCUUUUACGGGUCGUUUUCUCUGCAAUAUGACUUUUCUGAAGGAAUACAUGGAAGAAGAGAUUCCCAAAAACUACAGCAUAUCUCAAAAACGGGCUUUGUUCUUCCGGUUUGUGGACUUCAAUGACCCAAACUUUGGAGAUGAGCUCAAAGCCAAGGUGCUGCAGCAUGUCCUCAAUCCUGCUUUCUUGCACAGUUUUGAAAAGGGAGAAGGUGAACAGCUUUUGGGACCCCCAAACCCAGAAGGAGAUAAUCCAGAAAGCAUCACUAGUGUUUUUAUAACGAAGGUCCUUGAUCCAGAGAAGCAGGCAGACAUGCUGGAUUCCCUCAGGAUAUAUCUCCUGCAGUUUGCCACGCUCCUGGUUGAGCAUGCCCCACAUCACAUCCACGACAACAACAAGAACCGCAACAGCAAACUGCGCCGCCUCAUGACUUUCGCGUGGCCCUGCCUCCUGUCAAAGGCGUGUGUGGACCCAGCCUGCAAAUACAGUGGCCAUUUGCUCCUAGCACACAUCAUUGCAAAAUUUGCCAUACAUAAGAAGAUAGUGCUGCAGGUUUUUCACAGUCUUCUAAAAGCUCAUGCCAUGGAGGCUCGUGCCAUCGUCAGGCAAGCAAUGGCUAUUCUGACUCCAGCUGUGCCUGCCCGAAUGGAGGAUGGACAUCAGAUGCUGACUCACUGGACACGAAAAAUCAUUGUAGAAGAGGGUCACACAGUUCCACAAUUAGUACACAUUUUGCACUUGAUAGUACAACAUUUCAAGGUUUAUUAUCCAGUGAGACAUCACUUGGUUCAGCAUAUGGUUAGUGCCAUGCAGAGACUGGGCUUCACUCCCAGUGUUACCAUUGAGCAAAGAAAAUUAGCUGUGGAUCUUGCCGAAGUAGUUAUUAAAUGGGAAUUGCAAAGAAUUAAAGACCAGCAGCCAGAUUCAGAUAUGGAUCCAAGCGCCAGUGGAGAAGGAGGAAGUUCUACCUCGUCAGCUGUUAAAAGAGGAUUGUCUGUUGAUUCUGGCCAAGAAGUGAAACGAUUCAGGACAGCUACUGGAGCAAUAAGUGCUGUAUUUGGACGUAGCCAGUCACUGCCAGGAGCUGAUGCUCUGCUUUCCAAGCCCAUUGACAAGCAGCACACGGAUACAGUGGUCAACUUCCUGAUUCGGAUUGCCUGCCAGGUAAAUGACAAUUCAGUCACGGCUGGAUCUCCUGGGGAGUUGUUGUCUCGACGUUGUGUCAACCUCUUGAAAACAGCUUUACGACCAGACAUGUGGCCAAAAUCAGAACUCAAACUGCAGUGGUUUGAUAAGCUGCUAAUGACUGUGGAACAGCCCAACCAGGCCAACUUUGCCAACAUUUGCACUGGCUUAGAGGUGCUGAGUUUUCUGUUAACCAUCCUGCAGCCCCCUGCAAUACUCAGCAGCUUCAAACCCCUGCAACGAGGUGUAGCAGCUUGCAUGACUUGUGGAAACACCAAGGUUUUAAGAGCAGUGCAUAGUUUGCUUUCUCGCUUAAUGGGUAUUUUUCCUACAGAACCAAGUACCUCAAGUGUUGCUUCAAAGUAUGAAGAGCUCGAGUGCCUUUAUGCUGCAGUCGGAAAGGUUAUUUAUGAAGGACUUACUAAUUAUGAAAAAGCCACUAAUGCUAACCCUUCCCAGCUCUUUGGUACUUUAAUGAUUCUCAAGUCUGCGUGCAGUAACAACCCCAGCUACAUUGACAGAUUGAUUUCUGUUUUUAUGCGGUCCCUGCAGAAGAUGGUCAGGGAACACUUAAAUCCCCAGGCUACAGCAGGAACAGCCGAAGCAAAUACAGCAGGUACAAGUGAACUCGUAAUGCUGAGCUUGGAUCUUGUGAAAACUCGCCUAGCUGUGAUGAGCAUGGAAAUGAGGAAAAAUUUUAUACAAGCCAUUCUAACGUCUCUCAUUGAGAAAUCUACUGAUGCCAAAAUUCUUCGCGCGGUAGUAAAAAUAGUGGAGGAGUGGGUGAAAAACAAUUCCCCAAUGGCAGCUAAUCAGACACCUACUUUACGAGAGAAGUCUAUUUUACUAGUGAAAAUGAUGACUUACAUUGAAAAGCGUUUUCCAGAAGACCUUGAAUUAAAUGCCCAGUUCUUAGACCUUGUUAACUAUGUCUAUAGGGAUGAAAAUCUUUCUGGUAGUGAACUUACUGCAAAACUUGAGCCUGCGUUUCUUUCGGGCCUGCGUUGUGCUCAGCCACUCAUACGAGCCAAAUUUUUUGAGGUCUUUGACAAUUCUAUGAAACGUCGAGUUUAUGAGCGCCUACUUUAUGUGACCUGUUCUCAAAACUGGGAAGCGAUGGGAAAUCACUUUUGGAUCAAACAGUGCAUCGAGCUCCUGUUGGCAGUGUGUGAGAGAAAUACCACCAUUGGGACAAGUUGUCAGGGUGCUAUGCUGCCUUCUAUCACCAACGUCAUCAACCUUGCUGACAGUCACGAUAGAGCAGCGUUUGCUAUGGUCACCCAUGUCAAGCAGGAGCCUCGAGAAAGGGAGAACAGUGAAUCCAAAGAAGAGGAUGUUGAAAUUGACAUUGAGCUGGCUCCAGGGGACCAGACAAGCACCCCGAAAACUAAGGAGCUCUCCGAGAAGGAUAUUGGCAACCAGCUGCACAUGCUGACCAACCGACACGACAAAUUUCUUGAUUCCCUUCGAGAAGUGAAGACUGGAGCAUUGCUGAGUGCCUUUGUUCAAUUAUGUCAUAUUUCUACACCGUUAGCAGAGAAGACUUGGAUCCAGCUUUUUUCACGAUUAUGGAAAAUCUUGUCUGACAGACAGCAACAUGCUCUAGCAGGUGAAAUCAGUCCUUUCCUGUGCAGUGGCAGUCAUCAAGUGCAGCGGGACUGCCAGCCAAGUGCCCUGAACUGCUUUGUGGAAGCGAUGUCGCAGUGUGUUCCUCCCAUUCCCAUCAGACCCUGUGUCCUGAAGUACUUGGGCAAAACUCACAAUCUCUGGUUCCGUUCGACACUGAUGCUCGAACAUCAAGCGUUCGAAAAAGGACUGAGCCUACAAAUCAAGCCUAAACAGACAACAGAGUUUUACGAGCAGGAAAGCAUAACUCCUCCUCAGCAGGAAAUACUGGAUUCCCUUGCUGAGCUCUACUCCUUGUUACAAGAGGAGGACAUGUGGGCUGGACUGUGGCAGAAACGCUGCAAAUUCCCGGAGACAGCGACAGCUAUUGCCUAUGAACAGCAUGGCUUCUUUGAACAGGCACAAGAAAGUUAUGAAAAAGCAAUGGAGAAGGCUAAAAAAGAACAUGAACGGAACAAUGCUUCCCCUUCCAUCUUUCCUGAGUAUCAGCUCUGGGAAGACCAUUGGAUUCGUUGCUCAAAAGAACUGAACCAGUGGGAACCUUUGACAGAGUACGGCCAAUCAAAAGGACAUAUAAAUCCCUACUUAGUACUGGAAUGUGCGUGGAGAGUAUCUAACUGGACUGCUAUGAAGGAAGCUCUGGUGCAGGUGGAGCUGAGUUGUCCGAAGGAGAUGGCUUGGAAAGUGAACAUGUACCGAGGAUAUUUAGCGAUCUGCCAUCCCGAGGAGCAGCAGCUGAACUUCAUUGAGCGCCUGGUGGAGAUGGCGAGCAGCCUGGCCAUUCGGGAGUGGCGACGGCUUCCGCACGUCGUGUCGCACGUUCAUACUCCCCUCCUGCAGGCAGCACAACAAAUAAUUGAACUUCAGGAAGCAGCCCAAAUAAAUGCAGGAUUACAGCCAACUAAUCUAGGGAGGAACAACAGCCUCCAUGAUAUGAAGACUGUCGUAAAAACCUGGAGGAACAGGUUACCUAUUGUGUCAGAUGACUUAUCCCAUUGGAGCAGCAUUUUCAUGUGGAGACAACAUCAUUACCAGGGUAAAACUGCCUGGUCCAGCAUGCAUUCAUCAUCCAUUGUAACUGCCUAUGAGAACAGUUCUCAGCACGAUCCCAGCUCCAAUAACGCCAUGCUGGGGGUUCACGCCUCUGCAUCAGCAAUUAUCCAGUACGGGAAGAUAGCGCGAAAGCAGGGGCUGGUCAACGUAGCCCUGGAUAUACUGAGCCGCAUUCACACCAUCCCGACUGUGCCCAUCGUGGAUUGCUUCCAGAAAAUUCGCCAGCAAGUCAAAUGUUACCUUCAGCUGGCAGGAGUCAUGGGCAAAAAUGAAUGUAUGCAGGGUCUUGAAGUUAUUGAAUCAACGAAUCUGAAGUACUUCACCAAGGAGAUGACUGCUGAGUUCUAUGCAUUGAAGGGAAUGUUCUUGGCACAGAUUAACAAGUCUGAAGAAGCAAACAAAGCUUUUUCUGCAGCUGUGCAGAUGCAUGAUGUGCUAGUGAAAGCCUGGGCCAUGUGGGGAGAUUACUUGGAGAAUAUCUUUGUGAAAGAGCGUCAGCUCCACCUGGGUGUAUCUGCUAUUACUUGCUACCUGCAUGCAUGUCGUCAUCAGAAUGAGAGCAAAUCAAGAAAAUACUUAGCAAAGGUUCUGUGGCUCCUGAGCUUUGACGAUGAUAAGAACACCCUAGCAGAUGCAGUGGACAAGUACUGCAUCGGUGUCCCGCCGAUCCAGUGGCUGGCCUGGAUUCCCCAGCUGUUGACGUGCCUGGUUGGCUCCGAGGGCAAACUUCUGCUCAACCUCAUUAGUCAGGUGGGAAGAGUAUAUCCCCAGGCUGUCUACUUCCCUAUCAGGACCCUUUAUUUGACCUUGAAGAUAGAACAACGAGAGCGCUACAAAAGCGAUUCUGGGCAACAACAGCCAAGUUCUGUUGGAAAUCAGUCCCAUUCCGCUUCCGACCCUGGGCCAAUCCGAGCCACGGCCCCAAUGUGGCGGUGCAGCCGAAUUAUGCACAUGCAGCGGGAGCUGCAUCCAACGCUCCUGUCUUCUCUGGAAGGCAUUGUAGAUCAGAUGGUCUGGUUCAGAGAAAAUUGGCACGAAGAGGUUCUUAGACAACUGCAGCAGGGCUUGGCGAAGUGCUAUUCAGUUGCCUUUGAGAAAAGCGGAGCAGUUUCGGAUGCCAAAAUCACUCCUCAUACGCUGAAUUUUGUCAAGAAGUUAGUGAGCACUUUUGGAGUAGGUCUUGAGAAUGUGUCUAACGUGUCCACGAUGUUUUCGAGUGCAGCCUCAGAAUCACUAGCCAGGAGAGCACAGGCGACAGCUCAAGACCCUGUGUUUCAGAAAUUAAAAGGACAAUUUACAACAGACUUUGACUUCAGUGUACCAGGUUCUAUGAAACUUCACAAUCUUAUCUCUAAACUGAAGAAAUGGAUCAAAAUUCUGGAGGCAAAAACUAAACAGCUUCCAAAAUUCUUCCUCAUAGAGGAAAAGUGUCGUUUUCUAAGUAAUUUUUCAGCUCAAACUGCAGAAGUAGAGAUACCUGGAGAAUUCCUUAUGCCAAAGCCAACACAUUAUUACAUCAAGAUAGCAAGGUUUAUGCCCAGAGUGGAGAUAGUUCAGAAGCACAACACUGCAGCCAGAAGACUCUAUAUCCGAGGCCAUAAUGGCAAGAUUUACCCGUAUCUGGUAAUGAACGACGCUUGCUUGACAGAGUCCCGGAGAGAGGAGCGGGUAUUGCAACUCCUUCGCCUUCUGAAUCCCUGCUUAGAGAAAAGGAAGGAAACUACAAAAAGACACUUGUUUUUUACAGUCCCUCGUGUUGUAGCAGUUUCUCCACAGAUGCGUUUGGUGGAAGACAAUCCCUCUUCUCUUUCACUGGUGGAGAUCUAUAAGCAACGCUGUGCCAAGAAGGGCAUUGAGCAUGACAACCCUAUUUCUCGUUACUAUGACAGGCUGGCAACGGUCCAAGCACGGGGAACUCAAGCUAGUCAUCAGGUUCUUCGAGAUAUACUUAAGGAAGUACAGAGUAACAUGGUGCCACGCAGUAUGCUUAAGGAGUGGGCUUUGCAUACAUUCCCAAAUGCCACAGAUUACUGGACAUUUAGAAAGAUGUUUACUAUUCAGUUAGCCUUGAUUGGCUUUGCAGAAUUCAUCUUUCAUUUAAAUAGACUCAACCCUGAAAUGUUGCAGAUUGCCCAGGAUACUGGCAAGCUAAAUGUAGCUUACUUCCGUUUUGACAUUAAUGAUGCUACUGGUGACUUGGAUGCCAAUCGUCCAGUUCCAUUCCGGCUCACACCAAACAUUUCUGAAUUUCUUACCACCAUUGGGGUAUCUGGUCCACUGACUGCAUCAAUGAUUGCAGUAGCUCGCUGCUUUGCACAGCCGAACUUCAAGGUUGAUGGCAUCCUAAAAACUGUGCUGCGGGAUGAAAUAAUUGCUUGGCACAAAAAAACACAAGAGGAUACUUCCUCUCCACUCUCAGCAGCUGGGCAACCCGAAAAUAUGGACAGCCAGCAGCUGGUUUCACUAGUUCAGAAAGCUGUUACUGCUAUCAUGACUCGACUUCAUAAUCUUGCUCAGUUUGAAGGAGGAGAAAGCAAAGUCAAUACUCUUGUGGCAGCUGCAAAUAGCUUGGAUAAUCUCUGUCGUAUGGAUCCUGCCUGGCACCCCUGGCUGUAACUUGAAAUGUUCAAUGGCUUCUUUUGCUGCUGUUUGUGCUGUGAGCCAUGUAUUGUGUUGAGAAAAUGUGAAGAAAUCUUUUCAAACCAUGGCUUACCUGUCACACUAUAUUUUGUCACUCUUCAUUUUAAUCGUGUUUACAGGAAUAUAACAGUUCUACUUUUUAAAAUUAAUCUCAUGAGGGGUUAUCUCAUGUUUCAGAAAAGGUUGUUUAAUAUGCAACAACAGCUUCACAAAUAGCUUAAAAUGAAGGGAGGAGAAUUAAAUAAUGUACAGAAAAAUCUUAUUUUAUGAUGGGAACUAUAAAACUAACUGCUACAGUUAGGAUUCGCCAUUCCUAAUAAUCUACAGUAUAUAAAGUUUUUAUACGAUUAUGAUAAUUAUAUU